AUGCUCGCAGUUUCACGAACUCCAUCAAACACACGUAUCUAUUUCCGCACAAAAGACGCAGCGCUGUUUCGUGCCAUGGAAAAGGGUCUUUUUGACGAACCAUCCUCGAGUGAAGUUUCUCAAGAAGGCUGGGAUAAGAUGAUCGAAGUCUGGAAGAACACCGUCGACUGUCAAAAGCUGCAUGAGGAUAAUACCGAUGUCGAUUGGGACGAGCCGCUAUGCUUUGCAUUAUCGAUUACCAUGGCGCGCAACCAGAAAUCAUCCGACAACGGGUUAUUCCCAGGAAAGCUUGAUCAGCAAGGCUCGCCUUGCAUGUACAAGGACGAGUUUGCACGAGACAAUUUAUGGGGAGUUACCUUCAAAAUCCCGUACCUUCUUUGGAAGCACUCUUCUUCUCUCGGGAUCAAGCCUGAAAUUGUCAAGGGUUCCCAAGAGACCAGUCCGAUAGACGAUACGAAGUCCCAAAGCUCCAAAUCUUCAUCUCAGCCGGAAUUCAACAGGAAGAUUCUUCCACUUCUCAAAGAUCUCACGCAACGGAACCGAGAGAAAAACGACAAGAAGGCCUCUAGUUCUUCCAUGAAGCACCACUUCCCUCAAGAUGCUUUGAACAUGUCAAAGACAACUGAUGACACGCCUAUUCUGGGUGUUUUGAUCGAUGUGCCCAAGGCUGGCAAAGGAGCAGAGCACCAGAUGGCCAACUUCCACCAAAGCCACACAUCUUUUGAAAAACAUUUUGAAGAAGAGACUGUGGAAAAGCUGAAUACAUGGACGACUGAGCUUCACUUGUCAUUCUACGACAUUCUUGAGGGAAACAAAUCUCAGAAAGAACCGCAGGAUACAGGGGAUCUUAGCCUGCCGCCUACAGAAGCAAAGCUUGUCGAUACCUUCCUGACGAGAGUUUCCACAAGCUUUCACAUUGAAGGGGGCUUUUUUGAUGGAUACUGGACCUGUCGCUACUGGGAAUUAGAUCAACACGGGAAGAAAAGCGACGGCUCACAUACGAACAGUCUUGAUGUAAAAGACCUAGAACUUUUACUAGCAGAGGUUGAAGAACGUCCAGACAGAAUAACACAAAACGAAGAUGAUUCCAAAAGGGCUGAAGAAACCAGAACACAUAUCCGAACACAUAUAAGAACUCUUCAAGAAGAUGACCACUCGUCAAUCACGGAUGAAGAUCGUAGCCAGAGGUCCACAGAGCCUGACAUGCAUAUCAGCAGGACUGUGGUCGAAGCGAUGAUGAAUCUUAUGCUCAAGACUGAGAAGAAACCCACGGCUCAAGGUUUACAGAAAGGUCCUUGGCAACGAAGACGAGUCCUGGAGCUUUUGAUCGUGAGGAGAAUACUCAAAAAGAUGCUCAAAAGCUCGGACAAAAUCCUGAAGAUGGCUCGAUCAAGCAUAGAAAAGGUGUUCCAGCAAGUUCAAGACGUCCUUCAAAUGGUAGAAGGAGAUCUGGCGGAGAAUUUGGCACAGAUGGAGUUAUGGCGCACUCGGGAAAAAGACCGUCAGGCAGAAAAGCCGCGAUGGACCUUGAACGACGAAAACCGCUACCGAGUUAUCAUUGUGAAACUGCGUGUUUCGAAUGAACACGAUGUUCAGAAGCUGAAGCGGAUUCAUCUGGAAAUUGCGAGCUUGAAUGAGCUUCUUGCGAAAAGGUUAGAGGUCAUGCGGAACGAUCUGGAACAGCGUCGGGCGAACGACACCCAGAAGUUUACCUACGUUACUGUCGUGUUUCUACCUCUAGGUUUCGCAACUGGGGUGUUCAGCAUGAGCGGUACACCCCUCGUUAGCAUGGUGUUCACCGCGAUCGUGUCUUUGGUUGUCACUGCGCUGAUGCUAGGUGUCACGCAGGCGUUCGACUCUAGGACACUCACCAAAUGGCGAAAGCAGGCCAUUGAGGCUGAAUUUGCAUUCCCCAAGAACUUACAGACCAUACAGAAGAAGAAGAAGCUGGCGGACCCGGAGAGGGCAGACGCUUCAAGGUUGGGUGGUGGGGCUGGGGCUUCGAGAGAACGAAGAGCUUCGCUGGAGAGGAGAGCUUGA